AUUCUCAAGAAGUUGCUCAGUAAAAAAAAAAAAACACCCCUGUCUGGCCACACUGUGAAUAUUCCAAGUUGGAAGGUUGUUUUAAUCCUGUUUUAAUCCAGAGUCUUUGAUUUUGUUCCUGUUUUUUGAGCAGUAGGAAACAGUAAAAAAGCCCUGUCUGUUCACAGUUUGAAUAUUCCAAGUUGGAAGGUUGUUUUAAUCCCGGAGUCUUUGUUUUCGCAAAGGCCAAAUUGUUUGUAAUUCUUUAAAUGUUUGUAGUUAACUCCUGUUGGUGACGUUAUUUUGGUGAUGAAGGGUCUGAGCCUUCAAAUACAGGGACCUUGGGAAGGUUUUUCCUGCAAGGUGAGCAUUUAGUGAGGAUUUCUUGGUUCUGUGGGUGAGGAGGAAGUUGGAGGCAAACUCAGUUCCAGCAAAUAAACACAUAAAUCGGUGCCAGCUUUCCCAGGAACUUUAGAAAAUCACUUGGAGUUCACUGACUUUCACUUUUUUACUGCUCCCAGCCGCCCCUCUGGUUUUAUUUGAUUUUCCCAGUUAAAUUUCUGUGGUAUUUGGAAUGAUUGUCCUUAUUAAUUCCUAAUUUCUUUAGCCUAGCAGCACCCUAGUCUCGAAAUUUGGGGAAUUUUAGCCCUCUAAUGUCUUAUUUUAAGCGUGGAGUUUUCAUACAGUAAUAUUUCAUUACUGAAAUAAUUAUUAUCUUCAUUAUUGAGCUCUUUAUCAUUUUAUAAACCCGACGAGAGCAUUGGGAGGGAGUUUUUUUUUUUUCUUUAAAUUGUUCUGGACCAGUGUCACAAACACUUGGGUGGUUUAAGGUCUCCUGCACUAUUUUAGACCAAAAUAUAAUUGUUUUUAACUCAGACCUUUCCGAGGCCCUGAAUCAAACCUAAAAUUUAGAGGCUUAAAGAAUGUUUGAGGCUCGAGAUCCCCAUAAUAUUUGAGGAAAUGCAUCCUGGGUUUGGAUCUUGGACUUAAGGAGCUUGAGGUGUAAAUCCUCUUUUGGGCAUAAGGAAUUCUAUUUUUACAAAUGACCCGGAAUGAGGUGAAGGAAAGGGAGUUAAAACCCCAGAUCUGAAGGUUAGAAAUGAAGUUAAACCACCAGAAUUUGGGGGAAUCAUUUGAGGUGUGGGGGUUGAUUUUAUUUUUUUUUUUCCCCUGCCCAGAGCUGUGGAUUUUGGUUUUCCCUUCCCAGAGAUUUGUGUGACUGCUCAGUGGUUUCACCAGCCUGAUUCUCCCUGGGUUCUGUUCCCUUCUGAUCCAGCUGGGAGAUGCCUUAGGAAUCCCCUGGGGACAGUGGGAAUCUUUCUGGGGUUGUUCUCACAUAUCCAUGGAGCUCUGAGUAGCUGGAGAUUGUGGAAGAGGGGGAGGCUCUGCCCUGCUUUCCUAGUGCACAGCUCCAGUUUGGGAUUUAAAUGGGAAUAAAAGCCUCUAAAACAGAUGAGAAUUCCUGCCCUGCCAAUUCCUUGAAGCUUUCCUUGAAGAACAGCCGUUUUCCCAAGAAAUGAUACGUUUUUGACCAUUACCUUUCCAAGUCAUGUUUAUCCAGUUAAUUUGUGGCUUUUCUUAUUUUUCCUUUUUUUUUUUUUUUUUUAAUUUUUACAUUCUGGAAGUUCAGUGCUUGGAAAAUGCUUGGAUGCUGUGGAAAGAAUUCAGGGAUUAGAGGACUUGUGUAAUCUUCCCUCUGACACGCAAUCCAAAGGAUUGUGUUACAGAGAGUGUUUUACCUGGAAAGUUAUUCCAGUCCUGGAUGUGUCCCAGAAGUGGAAGUCUCUGAGUGCAGUUCCCAAGGGAACUGGGAAAUGGGAACGACCUUGUUCCCAAAGAGCAUUUCCAGUGGGUAUUUUAGGAGGAUAAUUUAAUUGAUCCUCGAGGGAACGAGUUUAGCUGAUGUUGUCAAAAUAGAAUUGGGGUUUUUUUGGGAUAGCUGCAGGUGUUUCAGGAAUAUUUAUGCUCCAGUUUCACUUUAUUGUUAAUUCCAAGAAAUUCCAGGCCGUAGGAGGUCAUACAGCAGUCAUGUCUUCUCCCUGGCUUAUCCAUUUAUCCCAAAAAUCACAGCUUGGGGUUGCUUCAAACUUCUUAACCUUUUUUUUUUUUAUUUUCCAGUGCUAAUGAGCUGGAUAGUGACGUGGAAUUUUAUUGUCCUGCUGUUUUUUUCCUCCUACAGAGAAGAUGGAGAGCUGGAAGACGGGGAAAUAGAUGAUGCUGCCUAUGAGGAUGUGAAGGAGCACAGCACAAAAGGGGAUGACAAACAGAAAACCGAGAAAGGCCACCGGAAAUCCCGGAAAAAACGCAAAAAAGAGAAGGAAAAGAAGAAAUCCAAGAGGAGAAGACGGGACAAGCAUAAGCAUAAUUCCCCUUCCAGCGAUGACAGUUCCGACUACAGCCACGACUCCGACAUGGAGCGCCCGGAAAGGCCACACAAGAAGAGCAGCAGCUCUUCCUACAGGGAUUAUGAUUCUUCCUUCAGUCAGCAUGGACACGUGUCAGGGAAUUACAUGAGUUCCCAGAAAAUGCAGCAUAAAAAAAAUGUCAAAAGUAAGGAAUAUGAUGACUACAGUCACUACAGCGAUGAAAACUUUGGGAAUUACAACGAGGAAGAAAAGGAUGAGGAUUUUGCUGACCAGCUGAAACAGUACAGACAGGCUAAGGAGACCUCCAGUGGGGAUUUGGGACCUCCAUUCCCAAAGGAGCCGGUGAAGAAACAGGGGAUGAAAGGGAUCCAGAAAGGCAUUUCCCAGCGAGGGAACAAUUACAACGUGGGCCGAGGGCGUGGGAUGCAGAAGAAGCUGAAGCGCAAAGAUCGUGGCAGGGGAAGAGGAGGCAAUAAAGGAUCUGAUGGCUUCCAUGAGGAUGGCAAACCAGUGAAGAAGUGGGUGAAUAUGAGCCAGGAGUUCAUCAACCAGCACACGGUGGAGCACAAGGGCAAACAGAUCUGUAAAUAUUUCCUUGAAGGCAGGUGCAUUAAGGGGGAACAGUGUAAAUUUGAUCACGACGCAGAGAUUGAAAAGAAAAAGGAAAUCUGCAAGUUUUACAUCCAGGGUUACUGCACCAAAGGAGAGAACUGCAUUUAUUUGCACAAUGAAUUCCCCUGCAAGUUCUACCACACAGGAGCCAAGUGCUAUCAAGGAGAUAAGUGCAAAUUCUCUCACGCUCCCCUGACUGCUGAAACAAAGGAGCUGCUGGAUAAGGUUUUGAAUAACGAGGAGGAGCCCCAGAACGAAGAUGAGAAGGAGCUGGAGGAGCUCCGGAAGCGGGGCAUAGUUCCUCUUCCCAAACCCCCUCCGGGCGUCGGGCUCCUGCCAACCCCCCCAGAGCAAUAUCCCUUCUCCGAGUCCGACAUGGAAAACUAUCAAGAUCCUUCAGGAGAUUAUAAGAAAAUCCCGUCUCUUUUUGAAAUAGUCGUGAAGCCCACUGUGGAUUUGGCCCACAAAAUUGGGAAGAAGCCACCGACCUUCUACAACAGCGCGUCGCCCCCGAGGCCGCCGUUCCAGGGCAACGACCCCCAUUCCCAGCACAUGUACAAUCCGGGCUCGAGUCCGGGGCCGGGCCCCGGCAUGUCCCAAGGACACAACGGGCCCCCGAUGCACCCCGGUUCUCCCGGCCACCAUCCCUGCGGAGGGCCCCCAGGGCCGGGAAUGCCGCAGAGCCCCCCCAUGCAGGGGGUUCCCCCGGGGUACAUGGGCCCGCAGAACCAGACUGGAAUGCCCAUGCAAGGGCAGCAGGGGGGGCCUCCCCUCACCCCGCCGGGGCUCGGGGGCUCCUACAAUUCCCCCGGAGUGCAGGGACACAUGGUGAACAUGCCCAGGGACAACCACUGUCCCCCGGGGCCGCAGUACCAGCAGAUGCCCGGGGAAUACGAGUCCAUGCAGAACCCCGCCGACUUCUACGACAACUACUAUUCCCACCAAGCUGUGCAUAACUUCCAGCCGGCCAAUAAUUCCGGAGAUGGAACAUGGCACGGAGAGUUCCCAGACCACCAGGCUCACCUCAUGGCUCAGGAGUCGCACGCGGGCGGGAGCGAGUCGGAAUGCAUGGGCAGCCACAUGGGCCACAACCAGGCCCUCAACGUGCCCGAUUUCCUGCCCGCCAUGCAGAAGGCCCUGUAUGCCAGGCUCAGCCAGAAGCACCAACGGGAUGGAGACUCUGCCAGCAGCCAGGGCCAGAGGGCCAUGAGCAAAGACGAAGAUGACAAUGUCAACUGGUAUUCCAGUAGUGAGGAGGAAGAGGGGAGCAGUGUUAAAUCGAUCCUCAAAACCUUAAAGAAACAAAGCGAAAACUUCAGGAAUCGGCAGCAACAUUCCACGGAGCAGCACAUGCUGGGAAUUCCUACGGAUCCCAGGCUGGCCAAGGACAAAGGUAUGGGGCCUCAGACUGCUGACCCGAGACUUCGGGCCUCUCCAAGGCCCAAUCCCAGGAAACCCUCCGAUUCGGCAUCCUUGGACCCCCGGCUGGCCCGCGAUCCGCGGAUGCACAAGGUGAGCGAGGGCCACGCCGGCUCCUCCCUCGGGGCGGCCAAGCUGGAUUUGCACCACGCGCACACCGGAGUCAAAGUCAAGCAGAAAGGGAUGGACGACGACGAGGAGGACUCGGAAAGAGAGCUGAGGGAACGGGCCUUCCUCAUUCCCUUGGAACCUUUGCCUGGCGUCACGUUAAGGGAUCCCCGCUCCCAGCUCCGGCAGUUCAGCCACAUCAAGAUGGAUGUGACCCUGAUGAAACCCAACUUUGCCAAGCACAUCGUCUGGGCCCCCGAGGACUUGCUCCCAAUCCCUUUGCCUAAGCCCGACCCCGUCUCCUCCAUCAAUUUACCUCUUCCUCCGCUCAUUGCCGACCAGAGACUGAACAAACUGCGGAAUCUGAAGAACGAUCCGCAUCCGAACGCGAUGCCGGCCGACCCCCGGCUCGCUGCCAAGGCCAAGAACAGCCUCGCGGGCCGGAGCGGCUACUUGGAUCCGGCUGCGGAUUCCCACGCCAGUAGCUCCAGCAAACUGGGGGAUCCCCGCUUGCAAAAGAACGUGGAUCCCAGACUCCACAGACUGUCGAGCGCAGACGCGCACCACGGAGUCGGGAAGGAUUCCCACCCUCCCAAGUUUGACCCCCGGCUCGCCAGAGCUGCCGCCAGCUCAUCCCAGCCCUCGGAAGCCGCGGCUCCGAAACCCGACCCCGACGCUCUGCCUCCGUACGCGCCCAAACUGUCGUCCAGCGGCGUCAGGCUGGGAACGCCCGGCUCCAUCCUGAGCGGGAUCAGUUUGUACGAUCCCAGGGAUCACGGCUCCGCCUCGGACACGGCGCCAGCCGGUUCGGGAGAGAACGGAGAGAACCAGAAAAAAAGCAUUUUGAAAAAUUCCAGUAAAAGCGAGCCCAGCCUCGCGGAAGACGCGUCCCUGCAGAAAGCCGCCUCCAACGCGGAAAAAACCACGGAAGGAUCAGCGGAGGCCGCUUCAGACAAAGCGAACAGCACCAGUAAAUCUCAGGCUAAACACUCCAGCGCUGCUCCUGCCGUGCAUAAUCUCCCGAUCCAGGCUUUGUCGGGAUUAAUCAGGCCGCAGUACAGCGACCCCAGGCAGGUGAGGCAGCCCGGACAGGUAACGCAGACCCCGGAGAACGAUCCCAACGGGGAGUCGGAUGAUAAAUCCUUGAAAGAUGUUUUCAAGACUUUCGAUCCAACCGCUUCCCCGUUUUGUUAGCAGAUGGCUUUGGAGCCUUUUUACCGUUGUGGAUAUUGCAGUUCUCUGCUGUUUUGUACCUGGGUUACCUCUUUUGGCUUUAUUUAUUUUUAAAUUAUAAUUCCCACCACUUUUCAGCUGCUAAUCCCAAACCACACGCAGUUCUCCAGUGCGCUCGAGUGUUUGCAAAGCUGUGGUAUUUUCUAGAGAAUCCUUUUUUCUUUUUUUUUUUUUUUUCCAAUUUCAGGGAGACUAAUAAUUGACCUGUAGAAAGGAAACCAAUCCCCCCCCCGGAUCGUGUUAGAGCUGAGAAAAGCACUUUCAUUGUAAAUAAGUCAUGGAAAAAUCCCCAGAGCUGUAUAUGUGUGAGCUGCCUCUUCCCAACCACCACUUAGAUCCGAUUGCCACAUUUGUAUAGAUCCAAGCAAUAUUAUGUACAUUAAUUCCCGGGAGGGACGCCGUUCCAGGACUGCCAAACCCCCGAACCGAUGGAAAACCUGCGUAAAUGAAUUCCGAGGAAACCGUCGCUCCUCCUUUUCCGACGCGUUGAUGUAAGACACGGACAGUUUUUAUUCCUGCAGUCAAUAUUAGUGUAAAAGAGACUCUUAUCGCAUAUUGAGGAUGAAAAAAAAAAAAAGUCAUAUCUUUUCAAAGUAUUUUAUUCUAUGCUGUACAUAGAAAAAAAAAAAUUGUGAAGUACAUAACUAGGAGAAGUAACUGUUCAAAGUGGAGAGAACUACGUUGUCUAAUACGAGAAGAAAGAAAAAGGUUUUUAUUUAAUUUCUUUUCCACACCUACACGAUUGGGAUUUAGUGCUCCGAGUUCCAUUGUGGUGUUCAUGUAUUUCAACGUAUUUUUGUAUUCAGCUGCUUAAUUUGUAUUGCUUUUUUUGUAUGGCUGUAACCGCAGUACUUGUAUUCAUGGUGUCUCGGCGACAUUUUUAACAAAACAAUUAAAAAGGGUACCGUUAA